AUGCGUAUGGAUCCGAAAAAUCUUGUCAUCAUUCCACAGGGGGAUAGAAGACAACACCUCGUCCUACCCCUCAAAGACGUUCCCGGUUUUCGCCCAACAUGUUCGGACCCUACGAAAACCGUCGAUAUCAAUACCGCGAAGGAUCAUAGGUUCGCGGGAUACGACGAUCUGGCCGCACUCCCAUGGACCGUGGAGGACCCUACGACCCCACAUCCGGAGCGUUCGAAGGAUACGAAGGUUACAAAGGAUCCGCAAACGCCAGCGUCGACCCCGAAGAAGUCGAAGAAGACGACGAACGAUGAUCAGAACGCUUUGAUCGUCGAUAUUUACGCGUGUGUGGGCACGAAGAGCGGGACAACUGCACCCCCUUGGAAGGAUUUCGCCUUCAUGACAAAUAUAUUGCGGAGAUGCUACCUGUGA